AUGGCGGAUGCCGCGGAGGAAGCUCUUCAGGGCAGCUGGGACCAGGAUCUAGCUGAGGCUCUGGACUCUGGUGGCUCUGACAUGGAGAUGGAUAGAGGUGUCAUCCAGGUCCAGGAGCACUCAACUCAACACAGGGCCAAGAUGUGGAAGAUCGCUCUAAACGUCUCUGGAAAAGGAGACAGUCUCUCUCCGUGGGACGGCAUCCUUGAUUUACCAGAACAGACCCUCAUUCACAACCGCAGCCAACAGCUGAUUGACCAGCUGGGAGUAUCGGAGGAGGAGAGGAGUGAAAUGGUGUCUGAUGUUGAGUCGGUCAUCACUUUCUACUGCAAGUCUCGCAACAUUUCCUUCACUCCGGACCUGAGCUGGCCGCACCUCCUCAAACCACUACUGGGGCUUCGGCUUCCCCGCAGUGACCUCUACAACUGCUUCUACGCUAUCAUGAAUAAAUACAUCCCCAGGGACUGUGUGCCAAACGGCCGACCCUUCCACCUGUACAGACUACUGCUGCAGUACCACGAACCAGAGCUCUGCUCCUUCUUGGACACCAAAAAGAUCACACCUGACUCUUACGCCUUCAGCUGGUCGGGCAGUCUGUUUUCCAGCCACUGCCUUCCUGAAGUUACCCAAGCCUUGUGGGACUUCUACCUCCAGCAGGCUGACCCCUUCCUCAUCUUCUUCCUCAUGCUCAUCAUCCUCGUCAACGCCAAAGAGACCAUCCUUACACAAGAAGGAAACAGCAAAGAAGAGAUCAUUAAAAUGCUUGAAGCAUCUCCUUCUCUCCUGGAAACCGAGGAUAUUGAAGAUUUGUUUUCUCUUGCUCAGUAUUACCAGAGCAAGACACCUUUGUCACUCAGAAAGAUGAACCAGAAUCUGUUUGGUAGCAGCCUGGUGGCUCUGAAAGAAGAGGACACUGACCUGAGUCAGGCGCUGUGUCUCCUAGUGUCUGUCCCUGAGAUCCUGCAGGCAAACCAGCAUCAGCAGGAUGGGGUACGUUUCUUUGUGGUGGAUUGUCGGCCUGCAGAGCAGUACAACUCUGGGCACCUGUCCACGGCCUUCCACCUGGACUCCGACCUGAUGCUCCAGAACCCCUCUGAGUUUGCGCUCUCUGUGAAGUCCCUCUUGGAGGCUCAGAAGCAGUCUUUGGAGUCCGGCUCCAUCGCCAGCGGAGAGCACCUGUGCUUCAUGGGCAGUGGGAGGGAGGAGGAGGACAUGUACAUGAACAUGGUGCUGGCACAUUUCCUGCAGAAAAACAAAGAAUAUGUCAGCAUUGCUAAAGGAGGUUUCAUGGCCCUCCAAAAGCAUCUGGUGGACAUGAACGUGGAGGGUCUCGACUCUUCGUAUGUCCACUGGAUCGUCAGCACCUCAGGAUCUCACAGCAGCCUCAGCUCUGCCGAUGGAGAGUCACUAAGUAGCCCUGGAGACAGCAAAGGCGUCAAGUCUUUAGUCAACAAAAUGACGUUUGCUCUCAAGUCCAAGUCAGUAAACGUGAAGGAGAAGAUGAUCAGCUUCAUCGAGAAUACCUCCACCCCUGUAGAGAGAAUAUCUUUCAAUCUGCCCUGGCCAGAGAAGGUGACUCCAGAUCGGCACGUGAGCAGCAGCGACCGCGUUGGCAAACCUUACCGCGGGGUGAAGCCCGUUUUUAGUAUUGGUGACGAAGAGGAGUAUGAUACAGAUGAGAUCGACAGCUCGUCCAUGUCAGACGAUGACAGGAAGGAGAUUGUCAACAUUCAGACCUGGAUAAACAAACCAGACGUGAAGCAUCACAUUCCGUGUAACGAGGUGAAAGAAACCGGUCACAUGUUCCCCAGCCACUUGCUGAUCACAGCGACUCACAUGUACUGUCUGCGCGAGAUCGCCUCAAGGAAAGGCUUCGCCUACAUCCAGUCCAGACAAGCACUAAACUCUGUGGUGAAAAUCACAUCCAAAAAGAAGCACCCGGAGCUGAUUACAUUCAAGUUUGGCAGCAACAACUCAGCUGGAGUGGAGAUAUCGGCAGUUGAGAGAUAUCUGAUACCCAACGCAGGCGACGCCACCAAGGUCAUUAAGCAGCAGAUCAUGAAAGUCCUCGAUGCGCUGGAGAGCUCGUAAAGGGAGGCCACGAGGUCGUGACGGCCAGCCGUGACACUAGCUGUAAGAAGCGUCUCUGUCUGCCAAGAGUGAAACCUUGUCCCGCUCUCCCUCGGCUGUCCUCCCUCCUGGACGGAUCCAGCGCAGUGUUGACUGUGACGCCCUGUGUUGUCUGUGUUUGGGACAUGGGGACACACUGCUGACUGCAGGCCUGUGGGACAGACUGUGUGUGAUGAAAUACUUAGGUGCUCCGCAGUCAUCCAACCAUUCUCUUUGACUAAUUUAAACAAUAUUGGUUAUACCGUAUGUUUUCCUUGAUUACUGAUAAAAUAUCUCAUUACAGUGCAAUUCCACUUCGCCGACUUCCCUCUGGCCUUAACGUAGCGUACUGACCGAUCUGUUCAAUCACUACACGACUGACCUUUUCCUUUGACUCUGACCCAUUCGCUCUGUCGUGAACAGUGCUGAGGCUCAGUCAUGUCUCUUAAUUUACUUUUCAAAUGUGUAGAGAGUAGAUUUAGCGUCCAUUGUCCUGGUCAGGAAGUGAGCCCGAGUCAGCUGCUCAGACUUUAAGACGCACAUCCCAAAAAUAAGAAGAAGCAGCGCUGGCACACGAGGCAGGUUUUCCUACCGCAACAACUUUUUGAUAACUUUUGUUUUCCAGCAGACAGCCUUAAAUAGGAAUUAUUUGAGGACGUUUAUAAAUACGUGAUGUAUAUAUUGUGUUAACUGCUCUAUAUCAGACCUUUGCAAUGUCAUUUUGAAAGCAUAUCCUGAUAGUUAGAAUAUGCAGUGAAACUUCAGCUGGCUUCUAAACCAGCUCCCCUUUUCUUUCUAGACUAAGAAGUAAGUUUCUGGGAGAUCAUUUAUUCUCUUCUUUUACUUAUAUUGAUGAAUUAACCUCAUCUCAUAGCAGUGUGAUGUAGCUCUCAGAAAGCGUUAUUCACAGCCCCUCUGGACUACAUUAGUAUUACAACAGGAGCUUUGGUGAGUGAAGUUAUUAAGACCCUGAGCACCUCAGUAUUUGUCCAUCCUAUUCAGAUUCAGUGUGUGAAUUAUUUUCCCCAGUUAUCCUUAUGAAAAUGUCCAGGUGAAAUAAACUGCUGAUUGUGUGAGCAUCUGGAAGGCUCUUACUGUCAUUGAAGCGACACCAUGCUAACUGCUACUUAUUUAGAAAGAAAUGUCGCUGUAACAAGGACUGUGCUUUGCACUUUUAGACACGGCUCUGAAAGGAAUGAAAAGAAAUUGUGUUAAAAGAAAAGUCAUUAUAUAUUCUAUGUUUUCCAACCAGUCUGUCUUCUCCAUCGUAUUAGUGGAAACUACGCGGUUUCAGUUUGCUUGCCACUGUUGCCUUCGGCCUCAUGCCUGUGAUGUGUGAUAUUGGCACCAGCAGUGGCAACAUAUCACAGUACGUUGCUGCUUCUCCUCUAAUCUUUAAACUCUGUUUCGGACUUUUCCUCGCUUUGUUCUCGCUUGUUCGUUUGCGUUGAAGUCUAGUUGUGUAGGCAGCCUGGGUUCAAAGUGUCAGAGCCUCUGAAGUGAUGCAGCACCUUCCUGACGGCUCCAGUUGAAACUCCUGUCCAGAGAGGGUGCAUUCCAUUUAGCUCUUAAAAUGAAAUGUGGGGAGAGGUCAAGCUAAGACAUUUCAAAUAUGGUCAACAAAAACCAAAACUUGAAUUAAAGGCUCAUUAAUCUGGUCUUUCCUCACCCCAGUCUCUCAUAGCAUUCCUGUGUAAUCCAUGCAUUGUGUUGUAACUUUGUGAUAUUCUUCAGUAUUGACCAGAACAUCCUUGAUCAGGAGUCUUUACUCUGUAACAUCACUGGCAAAGGAUGUCACCACUAGUCAAAAUGCAACAUGUCUCAAGUGUAAUUUGCACCUUACUGUACUGCUGUUAUUUUCUAAGCGUUUCUGUUUUUAAUAAAUGGAGAGUAUUUGACUGCA